AUUGCAUGAUGAUCACGAGCUCGCAGCGGAAACAGGUAUAACGGAAACAACAAAAAUACCAACUCCCUACCAGCAUCCAACCAAUGCAAAGAUCCGUUUCUGGGACCUACCCGGCAUCGGAACGCCAGAUUAUCCCGAUCUUCCAACAUUCUCUGAAAAAGUUGGCAUAGAAAGAUUCGAUACCUUUUUGAUAAUCUGCGCAAGGAGAUUCACAGAAUAUGAUCUACAGUUAGCAGAGAAAGUUCAAUCGAUGGGCAAGUCUUUUUUCUUCGUUCGCAACAAGAUCGAUAACGAUAGGCGAUCUGAGAAGCGAAAGUACGGGAGAAAAUUCAACGAAGAAAAGAUGCUGAAAGAGAUCAAGAAUGACUGUGUUGAAUGUUUGGAAAAUCUCAGCUGCGACGAAGAGAAAGUCUUCCUGGUUAGUAGUCAUGCUCCAAAUGAGUGGGAUUUUGAUCGUUUACAGACAGCAAUUAUGGAUCAUUUGCCAUUCAUCCAGAAAGAGUCCUUAGCCCUUUCCCUGCGCACUCACUCAAAAGUUAUUUUGAAAGAAAAGAUUAAAAUACUCAAAGGUAUGUGUAAUAAUCACAUUGGUGAUUCCUGUUAA